AUGGAGGAGGAUCUUAAUGACAAUGAGCUAGAGGAACGGUUCUAUUCUGUUUUACAUUAUGUGGAUGAAACACCGGCAAUUAUAACCAACAAUCAAAAGGAUGUUGACCACAUUGUGGAGAGCACACCUCAGAGCUCUGUUCGCCGUUACUGGCGAACUAGUGGUGAUCUGACUCUGCAAAAAGCUAACCCUGCAAAAGAUACUAAUCUGUCCAUAAAUAAAACUUCAGUCGUAGAAAAUCCCAAAGCAAAAGCAGAAAAAAAUGACCAAACUAUACUAUCCGCCGAUUUAUCAAUAUUCCAAUCUCCCGUACCGAAGUUUGUGAAGAAAAGCAUAGAGAUAAUUGAAAACGAUGAACCAUCCAAUGUUGUUGAAUUGGAAACAAGUGAUGAAGAUGAAGUAAUUGAGGUCAAAUUGCCACCAAAACCAACAAUUACCAUUGAAAGUUCCGAUGAUGAAGAAAUUUCCGAAGUGUCUACAGCUGCCCCAUUCAAUAAAAAAGAUAACAAUAUAAUUGCUCCAGAAAACAAAACUACAAACAGGGGUGACAGAGAUGUAUCAGCAAGUCCUGUCCCGUCGAUUGUAUCAUCUGUUUCAGACGAAUUUAUCCGUGGUGACUGCAUUGCUCUCAACAUAUCCUCUAAACGCCCAAACAACCAAAGCUUUGAUUUCAGUCUUCAUGGCUCUGACAUAGUUGAUCAAAAUACACCACCUAAAAAGAAAAAAAAGAAGAAAAACAAGGAUGCCGUAAACUCUACCCCUGUAAUGAAUACUGCAACAACUGUUACACCAGCAUCCAAAGAAGGUGAAUAUUUUGCAACACCCAAAAGUAAAGCAAAGAAUAAGAGGCAGAAAUCUAAAAACUAUUCUGUAUCUGAAAAAAGUAUUCCAAGUGCUGAUGUCUAUGAUUCUGACAGUAACCAAUCAACUAACGAUUUGGAUAAAAAUCAACGGUCUUACAUUGUAACUGACAGAAGCUUUCCCAGCGCAGAUGUUUAUGAGUCAGAUUCCAAUCAGUCAGAGAAAAUUAGUCCCCCUAAAAAUCGAAAAAUAAAUGAACCUGAUACUUGUACUACAUCUGAUGGUAGUGUUUGCUUGGAAACUCUUGAACAUGUUGUAGAAAUCCACGUAGCGAAAACACCCAAAAGAAACACAGCUACACCUUAUCAAAGCCUAACAACUGUAGACUUAACUGACACAACUCUCGAUCAAACUGCUAUUGAAGAGAACAUUGUUAUGGCUAAUGUAACUGGUUUCCAAUCUCCAGAAGUAUCGGACAUUGAUAACACAGUGCAAAGUGAUGCAACAAGAUUUGGCUCUACAAAAGUACCUGCAAUUUUAUAUGACAAUCUAGAUUUUGACAAUUUGAAGGGAAAAGGGAAAGUUUGUAAUAAAAGGAGAUACUCCAUGACAACAUUACGUGCAGAAAUGGAGAAAUUUUAUAAUGAGAGUUGGGGUGGAGAAAAUUUCAAUCAUCGUGAGAUACAGAAAAAUAUGUCCCGUGACAAAAGUUUAUGGGUAAUUGAUCCCAAAGAUAGAAUGCCGGGACUGGCAAGAAGAAAACCAACCUGUGGAUACUGCAACCGUACGGGCCACAGGGAGGACACAUGCCGAAUGAAGCCACCUGUGUGUUACAUGUGCGGAUCCGCUGGACACGUUGAACCGCGCUGCCCUAGAAAAAUUUGUGUCAAUUGUGGAUCACCAAACCAUAUGUAUACAACGAUGUGCCGAAACUGCUGCAACUGGCACAACAUCAGGUGCGCCGAAUGCGGUCAGAUCGGUCACCCAUCCAGCCACUGUCCAGACUUGUGGCGGCGCUAUCAUAAUACGAUCACGUACAACACACCGUUGGAGGAGAACCGCCAGAUGAAGAGGCACUACCAGAUGUUCUGUAGCGGCUGCGCCAGGCGGGGCCACCUCAUCCACACGUGCCGCCUCUCUCUGCCGUUCUCCGGGCUACCCAUCAACUCCCCAUACGUCGUUCUUUACAACCCGCUGCCGUUCAACGCGCGCGACGUCAGCGCUAAUCCCCCUAGGCUCCGUCAGCCGUUCCGCGCCAACACGCAGGACUCGACGGUCACCUCCGCCUCGAUACCGCUGAGGGGCGAGCGUGGCAAGAGGCAGUCCGAUUCGCCCGCACCUUGCGAGGGCAGUGCCAGCAAAAGGCGAAACACCUCCAACUCCGAAGAGGACGGCCGACGCAACACGAAGAGCCCGAUUGGCGAGGGGAAGAGGUCGCAGAGCAAAGAGAAGACAGUGGACAAGGAAAUUGAGGACACUGCAACAGCAGUCGACAACGCGGCACCGCCGGCUAAACCACCGAACGCAACAGUCGAUAAAGACCCGGAUUUCAUCACGGUCACCUCCCCCAACCAUGACAAGAGAGGGCAGAUCAUCCAAGACAACGAGGUGUCCGACACGAGUGACGUAGUCACAACCUCGAGGAUCUACGUCACCGACGACAUCAUUGAGAAACUCAAAUCGAAGGAGGGCGAGGAAUGGUUGAAGGAAUCGACGAGGAAAAACAAUGUAACCAUACAGAAUUCAGAUUCCAAUUUAUUCAUAGGUAUCAUUGGGAAGGUCGCCGACCAAGAGGCUUUUCAAUCCGAACUUAGGGAUUGGAUUAAAAGUAAUGAGACUGGUGACAAGCUAAAACCUAACAAUUGUUCGGUUCUAAACAAUACCGCAAAGGAUGAGGACGUUAUGUGCAAUAAUAUACCAAAAAAUCGUUACAACGUUCUUAGGAAGAUUAGCAAAGCAUUGGAUUCACUUAAAACAGAUUUGGGCGAUCCAAGGGAUAUUUACAAAGAGUUAAUUUACUUGCAAAACCAUCAUGAACAGCUCCUCAAGCAGAAAGAAAUCAGUCCAAAACAGUUGUCCAAUAACAGGGAGAACAUGAAUGUGAUGCUGAAGAAACUGAAUAUGGUACUAUUAGGGCAAGCUGGUCUUGCGGAUGGGUCCAAGCACCUGAGGGAGCUGUACUCUAUCCAGGAGAAAUUGACCAAUUUCCGACAGAAACACAUAACUACACAGAUGCGCACCGAAAUCGGUGAACAUUACCAUUGCAUAUUCACCGCCGUGCCGCGUGAAGACUACCAAGAGUUACUGAAUAAGUAUUACGUGUCCAAAGCGAAGCCGGUGCUGUUUAAGAAGAAGAAGGGGGACAAAUCCCUGAUGAGUCCGGCAGCGCAUGCCAAGAAAAAAAUGGUCAAGAGUUGGCAGAAGCGGAAAAAUUUUGGGGAAGUUAAAGGAGCCGUCGUCGGCGCCGACACCGUAAGGAAACCACUGCUGGAACAGACAAUGAAUAAAUUGGUGUUUUACCACAGGCGGCUUAUGAGCACUAAGCCGCAUGACAAUGUUCUAAACAAGACACGUGUCGAGUUGGUGAACAAACUCAAUUCGCACAUCACGUCGUUGGGUAACAAUAAUAUGUCACCUAGAUCCUUAAGGAAAAUGAGGAAGAAAAUGAAGGUUACUCAAGAGCAAGCACAAUUGUUCUUGACAAAUGUC